UGCUCACACCGGUGGAUACACGGGAACCACUGUUUCCUAUUUCACUGAGCCAAAUCCUGUCAUUUCUAGCCAGGACUACGUUUGUUGUGGAGUUUUAUGAAGUUUUGGCAUAGUGAUCUACAGGAUUAAACCAGUCUUAAACUUUAUUUUAUAGGAUCUCACUUUUAAAUUUUGAUUUGCUGGUCAACAUAUUUUAUUUACAGUUUACAUUGUAACUUUUUGUUUUUAUCUCCUUUUUUUUCCCCCCGGCUCCUGUGUGGUGUUUGGGCUAUGCUCUCCUCACCCACUGUGAUCCUUCAGCCCUAUGGACUGCCUGUGUAUCCACAGACUACCACAUGUUACCCCAGCUUAGUCCAGGGGGGUCCCUCUCAGGAGGCCGGCAGCGCUGACCCCACCCUCCCGCAGGUCUAUGCUCCGCCCCCCUCUUACCCCCCUCCAGGGCAGGGACCACCAACCUCUGCUGGACGACUGCCAGCUCUGGACUUCAGCUCUCCUCACAGCGGCUCGGAGUACCCCGAGCACCCCCCCCUGAGAGUGUACCAGGGCCCCCAGCACGAGGCUGUGGAGAGCCUGGGCUCCACCAACACGGAGGACGGUCUGACCCCUGCGAGCUCGGACCCCUCCCUCCCAGUGUCAGGGGGCGGUAGCGGGGCAGGAAGUGGCAGUGAGGAGGAGGGCUCCAGUAAAGCGCAGCCAAAACGCCUCCAUGUGUCUAACAUCCCAUUUCGCUUCAGAGACCCCGACCUCCGCCAGAUGUUUGGGCAAUUUGGUAAGAUCCUCGAUGUUGAAAUUAUCUUCAAUGAGAGAGGGUCAAAGGGAUUUGGGUUUGUAACUUUCGAGAGUGCGACUGAGGCGGAUCGAGCACGGGAAAAACUAAAUGGAACGAUUGUGGAAGGGAGAAAGAUUGAGGUAAAUAACGCCACUGCAAGAGUCGUCACCAAGAAACCUCAAACGGCUCUCGUGAACGGAGAGCUGUCAGCUUCUGGUUGGAAGAUAAACCCUGUGAUGGGAGCGAUGUACGCACCUGAACUCUACACGGUUGCCAGUUUCCCAUACCCCGUGGCCACGCCCACAUUAGCGUACCGAGGGUCAGCGCUCCGAGGCCGAGGGCGAGCCGUCUACAACACCAUCCGCUCCGCUGCCGCUGCCACUCCUGCCGCCCUGCCCGCAUACCCCGGGGUGGUGUAUCAGGACGGACUGUAUGGAGCAGAGGUCUAUGGGGGUUAUCCUGCAGCUUAUCGAGUGGCCCAGUCAGCGUCUGCAGCUGCGACUUACAGUGAUGGAUAUGGCCGUGUGUAUGCCACAGCUGCAGACCCCUAUCAUCACUCAGUCGGACCCACAACAACAUAUGGAGUCGGGACGAUGGCCAGUCUGUACAGAGGAGGCUACAACCGCUUCACCCCGUACUGAAGACAAAUGGCUGGAUUCGCUGGAGCAGGUUUGAGGUCCUUAAGCUCUGGACAUGUGGACACGGGGCUUGAAUCUCUGAGCGUCUCUUUAAGGAGCGAAACAGAGUGAAGCUGUAAAUAUGUUGGAGCCAUUUUGACUACUGACAACUCUUCAGAAGAAAAUCGUUUUGUAAAGUAUUUAUAGUUGCUUAAAAUCAUGUUAUUUAAGAAGUUGGUUUUAGAAUUAAUAAUUAUAGAUGUGCCAAAUUAAAGGGGUGGGCGAUGUGACAGCAAAAUCCAUAUCACGAAUUUAUUCCCUAGGUCUUAACUAAGCGUACUUGUCCUGGUUUGGCCCUGUUUUAGUCCUAGUUUAGCCCUGAUCUAGUCCAGGUUUAGCCUCAGUUUAGUCCCAAUUUGAAGUGGUGUGUGCAGGUGAUUGUGAUAUAACCUGCUUCUUCUUCUGAGAAAUACUUCACUGCGAUUGGUUAAUCCGUCUGUCACUCACUCAGAGCAUGACAAAGGCUGACCAAUAGGAAGAGUGGCAUUUUUGAGUAGAAAGUUUCAUUUAAAGGGCCCAUAUUGCACUGUUUUCAGAUCAACGUUAUAAUGUUGUUUCCCCAUCACAAACAGACUUGGAGUUUGUUUUGUUCUGCUCUCAAACUGAAAACACUCCGUUCCACCUUAUGAUGUCAUCAUGUGGUAAUACAGGAAGUGCUUCACUGUGUUUUUAAACUCCAUAUGCGUUCACUAGAAUCAUUUGGGUGAUUUCAGCUCUGGAAUUGCCAAUCUAAUACUGAACUAAAGGUAAAAAGUUGCUGUUAACUUGAAAACUACCACUUCAUGACAUCACGAGGUGGAACAGAGCAUUGUAGACAGACUAGUAAUAAAAUGUUACUGAAUCAUGUGUGAAUGAAACAAAACAAAACUCCAGGACUGUUUUUGAUGACACAACAACAUUAUAACAUGACUUAAAGCUGAUAAGAGUCCAUUUUGUGUACUAUGGGACCUUUAAACGAAAACCACUGAAAACUGAUAUAGUGAUUUGGUAAUAUCAUUACAUCGCCCAUCCCUACGCAAACUACUGUGAGACUUUUUGUCACACUGUUAAAAAAAAAAAGUGCUUAAAUUAGGGUCUGUUUUUGCAGUGCACAUGUUCUCUCCGGGACUGUCUUUUGCCUUUUCUUAAAAUCUACCUCUCAAACGCUCAGCUCUUCUUCUCACAGGGACAUUUUGCUCUUCAGUUUUGUAUUUAAGCCACAUUUAUUUCCUACUUUCACCUACCUACUUUUACUGUUUAAAUCAUUUUCUGAUCUUUUGUGCUAUAAACAUUUCUGUCUUCUUUACCAGAGGUGGGAAGAAACAACUGCAUUCACUCAGAGUACACACUUGAUUCUAAUAACUAAUACUUGAGUAGUAUUAUUUUGAAGUAACAGUACUCUUAACUUGAUAGAACUUGGUUACUUUUUCAUUCUAAGUAAGUGAAAAAAUAUAUAUGUUGACACUAUGAGAAGUUUUGAAGGUUGUUUCUUGUAUCUAAACUUACUGUAUUAUUUAUUAAUUUUAUUUUAUGCUCUGUUACCCAGACUACAUCAGUAUUAAAAUAUAAAUCAGAUGCCCUCCCCUCAAACACUUACUGAGUAGUAUCUCCACCAGAUAAAACGUCCGCCACUGUUUUUGCCCCAAUGGAGAUGUUACUACUUUACCUCGAAUGUUCCACAGUAUUGCAUUACAAUUAUUUAUCACCAUGGAGACCAGAUUGGUUUGUCUGCAGGCCAAGUUACACGUCAGAUCUGCAGAGAGGCAAGUCUGCUCCCCGUAGGAUUUCAGUGUAAAUAUAUGCAGUUAAAACACCUUUGACUGAAUAAAUGCAAGAUACUGCGGAACAUACCAGGCAGAGCUACAACAUCUCCAUGGAGACGAGCAGGUGGCGUGUCCUCUACCUGAAAAGUUACACAGCGCACCUUUAAUUUUACUUGAAGCACUGCUCUUCUUACUCGAGUACAUUUUGGCUGCUCUACUCUACCCACCUCUGGUCUUUAUUUCUCUGGAUGUAUUUUUUUCUCCUUCUGUUUAUUUAUAAUCUCUAGUUUCUUUCUUGUUUUCUGUUGCACUUUUCCUGCUGUGACAUUUACCUUUGAAUAAACUAUUUCUCCUUU